AUGAAAAUUAUAACAUUAGUAGUAUCAAUCAUUUUCAUUGUUGGAACAUGUCUUUCAACAGAGUUGGUUCAUUUCCAACCAUAUUCACCAAGUGAUACUCAUUGCUCGAAUGGCAUCUCUGGUUUCGGUUUCAUCAUACCGAUGGAUAUCUGUGUUGGAAACAGCGAUCUCGUUGAUCUUCCAGGUUCCUACUUUGUUAAGCAAUGGAAUUCAACUGCAGUAAUGUUAUACACCUAUAUCAACAUCUAUUUUAAAACCGAUUGUUCAGGUAAUCCAACUUCAGAAUUCCCAUAUUUAAUGGAUACUUGCAAUUAUGAUCAAUACGAAGGUAGUUUCGAUGAAACCAACUACCGAUACGUACCAAGUAAUGUGUCGUCCGAUACCGGUCCAACUGCAGAUGUUCCACCAGGAUCCAUUCUCUACAGCGUAUUCGACAAGAGCUGUGAGAACGUCGAAUCAUUCUAUUACAUAACAAACAACACUGUCAUUGGUCCAAACACCGACAUUCCAAUGACCUAUUACUGCACCGCCGAAAACAAUAUCCCAAUGCAAGACACCUGUUACAAGGGUAAAUGCCAAAGCUAUUCACUCCAAUCGAAAUGUGGAUCCUUUGAAAAUUCUAUAACAGUAUCAUGCACAUAA